UCCUCUUCGCUCGUCCCGGAUUUACUAAGUCACCAGAUUCACAGGAUUUAGUAAAUCCCUGAUUUAUCGCGAAUCGGCGUCAUCUUGAGAUUUACGGGAGCUCAGGAUUUACGGAGGUAAUUGAGUUUUGUGCUUGGUGUUAUCUGAGGUAGAAGAAAAAAAGAUGCCUUCAAUUCAGUCAGCUUUGCCACCUGAGCUUGCUGACAAUGUGAUCAGAUUAUACCGCGAGUGCUUAAGAAGAGCUUACUAUGUUGGUCACCAGCAACACAAUACGAAGCUUGUUGUUGACAUGGUGAGGCAGCAGUUCAAGAAAAACAUGCAUGAAACUGAUCCAGUGAAGAUCCAGAAACUAAAGGAUGAUGCUGCCAGAGGUCUCAUCAACCAUAUUCUUCAUGAGUCUGAAAGGUUGACAGGCCGCAAGUUCUCCAGCUCCAAAUGAUUUCCUGGUUUUGAUGAAGUAAUUGUUUAUUUAUAGAGUUCUUACAUAUCUGCCUUUUCUCUUUAUCUCCAGCUCUUUUGAAUAUCUGUGUUUUGAUGAAGUAAUUGCUUGUCAUGAUUGGAAGUAAAUUUAACUUGAAUUCAGUUAGUUUUUGGCCUUAUUUUUUGAUUUCUUAAAUUCAUUCCACCAAAACCUCUCAUAUUGUAUCUGUAAAAUAUCUUUAAUACCCGACAUAGUGCCCACUAAAAUAAGGGCAUAAAUAUAAUUUCACAUAUUGUACUCCCAACUAGUUCUGUGAAUAAAAAAUUACACAAU